CAAGUUAGGAAGUGUGUAUUAUGUGGGCUGUCUCUGCAUAUGCCGACUUAAAAGCGCGUGACUCUCUCCAGACGGUUAAUGCGGUUUCUGUUAAGGCCGGUUGUCUUGUGGUCAUGGCUGCUACACUUUGUGUUAUUUUUGCACUUUUUGCUUCUGUUCAUACCUAUGAUGUGAAGCUGCGCUUUGCCUCCUACUAUGGAAACCACAUGGUGUUGCAGAAGUCUCCAGAGAGAGCUGUGCUGUGGGGAUAUGGCCCUGAGGGUGCACAGGUUACAGUCUCCUUGUCAGGAUUAAUGAAGCAGCAAACUUCACCGGCCACUGUGACAAACGGCAUUUGGCGAGUCACCCUAAACCCUGUUGCAGCUGGUGGUCCAUACAGUGUGACAGCAAACAUUCGAAACAGUUCAGCCACUCUUACAGAUGUGCUGUUUGGAGACAUUUGGCUGUGUGGAGGGCAGAGCAACAUGUUGUUUAACAUGAAUCAGAUUUUCAAUUCAUCAGAGGAGCUGGCCCUUGUUGCUAAGUACCCUCAUGUGAGGCCAUUUAUGGUAGCCUUGAACACAAGUGAGACAGAGUUAAAGGAUCUGACUGAAGUGGCGAUUCCCUGGUCUGUGCCCACCGCCAAGGUGAUGGCAGACUUUUCUGCUGUGUGUUGGCUCUUCGGACGUUACAUGUAUGAGAACCUGAAGUAUCCCAUAGGACUGGUGGAGUCCUGUUGGGGUGGCACACCAAUCGAAGCCUGGUCAUCUUCAAGAGCCCUGAAGCAGUGUCAGGAAGUGCCAACUGUAAAUGGUCCCAAAGAGAAUUCUAUUUUGUGGAAUGGAAUGAUCCAUCCACUGCUCAAUAUGACCAUCAAAGGCGCUCUCUGGUACCAAGGUGAGGCGAAUGCAAAUUAUAACCAGAACAAGUACAACUGUUCCUUCCCUGCUAUGAUUGAUGACUGGAGGAUGGCAUUUCACCAGGGCUCAGGGGGGCAGACGGCUCUUGACUUCCCCUUUGGAUUUGUCCAGCUUUCAACAUACGAAAAGGGCAGCAAAGAUGACGGCUUUCCAAACAUCCGCUGGCACCAAACAGCAGACUUUGGAUUUGUCCCUAACAUCAGGAUGAAGAAAACCUUCAUGGCUGUGGCUUUGGAUUUACCAGAUGCAACUUCACCAUAUGGCACGAUCCAUCCCCGAGACAAGCAGGAUGUAGCCUAUAGAUUGACACUGGGUGCCAGGGCCGUGGCUUAUGGUGAAAAGGAUGUGGCCUUCUCUGGACCUUUCCCCAAGUUGCCUGUUGCUUGUAAUGAGACAUAUGUCAACAUUACCUUUGACCAGACGGUCUCUGUCACACCAUCCAAAGAGGUCUUUGAGGUCUGUUGCUUGGAAACUUUAGCUCCAUGUGGGCCUAAGUCUCCCUGGGUUCAAGCUCCCAUUGUGCAGUGGGAUCAAACAACCAUCCUGAUAUCUGCCACUGUGUGUCAGUCGCUUCAAGUUGCUGCUGUUCGAUAUGCAUGGAGAGACUGGCCCUGUGACUUUAAAGCCUGCCCAGUCUACAGCGCCAGCCGGGUUUUACCUGCACCUCCUUUUAUCACCAGUUGCCCUUCAGUGAAAGGAGGCAUUUGGAAAAGCUACCGAACCUGAAACUGUAAGAAGAAAUUUGUCUCUAAAGUCAAUUAGAUUAAUUGGACAUGGUAUUGAUUGGUGACCUGUCCAGGGUCUCAGGGCAGCUUCUUUAUUAAUUUUAUAAUUCUGUUUGGCUGCAUAAAAUUUUUUCUGGGAACUUGAAGAAUAAAAUGACGAAUCUCCAGACGAUUACAUUUUUCUAUUACACUGUAUCUGACCUUUUACUUUAAAAAUGAUCAUAGUUCAGGGAUCAGACAAAUGUAGAACUUUGCUCAUAUUUCCAUGAAAUAUUAUCACUUAAAGGUCCCACAAUUUUUACGAGUACAGUGCAAUAUAUCAGCAACAGCAUGGUUUGAAAUUGAAUUUUGCUUCUAGUGUGAAAUCAAAUGAGCCAAAAAAGCCCAAAGUCAUAAGCAGUAAUUACUCUUUUCAUAUGAGAGUUUAUGACAGCAGACAAACAUGCUCAAAUACUAAAUUUGAAAUCACUAAUGAAGCAAAGGGAUUAUGCACAAUAUAGUGUCUUUCAGCUACACCUUUACUAGUCAGUUCAGAAAUAGAAUUCCAUUUCCUUUUAAUCAUAUCCAAAGUGUCGUGUUUCACAACCUUUUUAUUAGAAGCUUUCACAGCUGCUCCAACAAGGUUGUGCUAGAAUUUUGACAGUUGCAUCAAUUAGCAGGGGAGCUGAAAAGGGAUUUGCAGGUCUGUGAAACUUUACAAGUAAGUCAAUGAAAACAAAAUAAGAGCAAAAUAUUCUCUGUGCAGUACACGUCUCAUGGCUUGGAUUAAGGAAAACAACCACACAGCUGCUGGUGUGGUUUUACAUUGUGGUAAAUGGAUCAUUUCAGUUUCGUGUACUGACACAGAUUAUUAAAGCAGUUUGUAAUGGGCAUCAAUGAUGGCCCCAGUCUAACUACACAUUUAGGACCUGAACAUUUUACAUUACUUUAUGCCCCAAUCAACAGCUUUCCAAUUCUGCUGUCUAUAACAUCACCUAUCUUUGGUUAGUACUAACAUUUUGUUUUAAAUAGCAAUGCCAACAGAAUUCACUGUGUUCAUUUGUCUUCACUGGAGCCAAAUUUGUAAAGUCCUUUGGUAAAUAAACACCUGCCUGGUAAGCGGUUGGAUAAUUAAUUUUACAUCUGCCUUCAUUUUUCAUGCUGUUAUUUUAGUCUAUAGAUGUUAAUUACCAUGGCAUUCAUAAGGAUUCACCUCACCGCAGCACACUGUGCUGUAGAUCUGAGGGGGAGUUUUGAGAAACUUUACCUGGCAGUCUGUUUUGGUUUCAUAAUCACUGUAAUGGUGUAAUAAUGAUGGUAACUGUGUUGUGCAUACAUGUUGGGGUGACGAGGUUUAUAAAAGGACUUCAUAGUUCUUCAUUCUUUUUCUAGAACUCUGGUGUUAUUACAUGAUCGGCCUUCCAUGUUCAGCACUGUUUACAAGCAGUUUGUUUAUUUGGAUUUGUGGGUAAUUAGACUUUAUGGGCGUUUUGUUUCCAAAAUAUAUUUUUCCACUAAUUCCACUAA